AUGAGUAAAGAAAAGAGAGGAAAAAAGUGUUUCAAAUUUAAGGAGGUUUUUGAUCGUUUUCAAUGCAUACAAAAGAAGAAUAAGAAUAUAGAUAUUAUACAUGUUCGUGUACCUUCUAAGGUUAUCCAUCACAGAGAGGGACUGUGUGGAUUGUCGCGCUUUGUAGCCAAGCAUUUGAAAAGGUGUUUUCGAAAUCCUGUAUUUUUCAUUAUGGUUUUUGCCAAGAAUUUAGUUUUUGAUGCUUUGUUUAAACAAGAAACAAAAGAACUAUCUUGUAUCCUUUUAACUUACCGUGCCAACAAUUUUACCACGGUAUUCGUAAAAGUCACAUCUAAAGAAUGCAAGAAAUAA